AUGCCUUUCUACCUUUCUUUCCUUCUUUCUUUUCUUACUUUCUUGAUAGCUUCUUUUCAUUCUUUCUUUUCUUCGUCUCCAUUUUAUAUCAUAUGUGUUUGUUUUUUUUUACUUUCUUUUCUUUCUUUCUUUCUUUCUUUCUUUCUUUCUUUCUUUCUUUCUUUCUUUGUAAGCGUUUUCUAUCUUUUUACUUUUGUUCUUCCCCGAACAUUUUCCCUUCUUCUUUCUUUCUUUCUUUCUUUCUUUCUUUCAUUCUUUCUUUCUUUCUUUCUUUCUUUCUUUGCUCGUUCUGCUUUUGGUUCCUUUCCUCAUUUUUUUUUCAUCUUUCUUUCUUUCUUUCUUUCUUUCUUUCUUUCUUGCUUGCUUGCUUUCUUUCUUUCUUUCUUUUUCUUGACUUAUUUUAUUCCAUCCUCUCCUCUUUCUUUCUUUCUUGCUUUCUUUGCUCGCGUUUUCUAUCUUUCUACUUUUGUUCUUCCCCGAAUAUUUUCCUUUCUUCUUUCUUUCUUUCUUUCUUUCUUUCUUUCUUUCUUUCUUUCUUUGCUCGGUCUCAUUUUUAUACCAUUUCUUUCUUUCUCACUCUCUACUUUCCUUCUUUCUUUCUUUCCUUCUUUCUUUCUUUCUGUCGUUUCAUUAUUAUUUAUCAGUUCCGCUUUCGGUUCCUCUCCUCUUUUUUUUCGUCUUUCUGUCUUUCUUUCUUUCUUUCUUUCUUUCUUUCUUUCUUUCUUUCUCUUGCCUUAUUUUAUUCCAUCCUCUCUUCUCUUUCUUUCUUUCUUUCUUUCUUUUUCAUUUUCAUUUCUUAAUUCAACCGGCCUUUCUUUCUUUCUUUCUUUCUUUCUUUCUUUCUUUCUUCGCGUUUUCUAUCUUUCUUCUUUUCUUUCCCUUCUCCGGUCCUUUCUGUCUUUCUUUUACACACUUAUUUUUAUCCUCUCUCUCUUUCCUUUCUCUCUUUUUCUCACUCUCAUUUUUAUCCUCUCUCUCUCUUUUCUUUCUCUCUUUUUCUCUCUCUCAUUUUUAUCCUAUCUCUCUUUUCUUUCUGUCUUUUUCUCUCUUUCAUUUUUAUCCUCUCUCUCUUUCCUUUCUCUCUUUUUCUCACUCUCAUUUUUAUCCUCUCUCUCUCUUUUCUUUCUCUCUUUUCUCACUCUCAUUUUUAUGCUCUCUCUCUUUUCUUUCUCUCUUUUUCUCUCUUUCAUUUUUAUCCUAUCUCUCUUUUCUUUCUCUCUUUUUCUCACUCUCAUUUUUAUCCUCUCUCUCUCUUUUCUUUCUCUCUUUUUCUCUCUCUCAUUUUUAUCCCUAUCUAUCUUUUUUUUCUGUCUUUUUUCUCUCUUUCAUUUUUUAUCCUCUCUCUCUCUUUCCUUUCUCUCUUUUUCUCUCUCAUUUUUUCUCCUUUCUCUCUUUUUCUCUUUUUUCUCUCUCAUUUUUAUCCUCUCUCUCUUUUUUUUUCUCUCUUUUCUCACACAUUUUUUUCCUCUCUCUCUUUUCUUUCUCCCUUUUCUCACUCUCAUUUUUAUCCUCUCUCUUUUUCUCUUUUUUUCUUUUCUCUCUCUCAUUUUUAUCCCAUCUCUCUUUUUCUUUCUGUCUUUUCUCUCUCUCAUUUUUAUCAUGUCUCUCUUUUCUUUCUCUCUUUUUCUCACUCUCAUUUUUAUCCUCUCUCUCUUUUCUUUCUCUCUUUUUCUCACUCUCAUUUUUAUCCUCUCUCUCUUUUCUUUCUCUCUUUUUCUCACUCUCAUUUUUAUCCUCUCUCUCUUUUCUUUCUCUCUUUUUCUCUCUCUCAUUUUUAUCGUAUCUCUCUUUUCUUUCUCUCUUUUUCUCACUCUCAUUUUUAUCCUCUCUCUCUUUUCUUUCUCUCUUUUUCUCACUCUCAUUUAUAUCCCAUCUCUCUUUUCUUUCUGUCUUUUUCUCUCUCUCAUUUUUAUCGUAUCUCUCUUUUCUUUCUCUCUUUUUCUCACUCUCAUUUUUAUCCUCUCUCUCUUUUCUUUCUCUCUUUUUCUCUCUCUCAUUUUUAUCCUAUCUCUCUUUUCUUUCCCUUUUUUCUCUCUCAUUUUUACCUCAUCUCUUUUUUCUUUCUUUCCUUUUCUCACUCUCAUUUUUAUCCCAUCUCUCUUUUCUUUCUCUCUUUCUUUCUUUUUGUCUUUCAUUCGUGUCUUCGUGCUUUUUAUUUUUAUUUCCCACUUCUUCUUUCUUUCUUUCUGUCUUUUCUCUUUCUUUUCUCCGUCUCAUGUUUAUCCCAUCACCCUUUUCUUUCUGUAUUUCUUUCUUUCUUUCUUUCUUUCUUUCUUUCUUUCUUUCUUUCGUUCAUUCGUUCGUUUUUUCCUUCGUUUCUUUUUUUAUUUCUCACUUUUUCUUUUCUUUCUUUCUUUCUUUAUUUUUUCUCCGUUUCAUUUUUAUCGCAUCUCCCUUUUCUUUCUUUUUUUCGUUUCUUCGUUCUUUUGUUUAAUUUUUAUUUCCCAGUUCACCUCUUCUCUCUUUUAUUCUUUCUUUCUUUCAUUCAUUUCCCCGUCUCAUUUUAACACCUCUCUCUUUUCUUUCUUUCUGUGUUUUUCUUUCUUUCUUUCUUUCUUUCUUUCUUUCUUUCUUUCUUUCUUUCUGUCUUUCGUUCAUUCGUUUCCUUGUUAUUUCUCAGUCCUCUUUUUCUUUCUUUCUUUCUUUUUUCUUUUUUUCUUUUUUCGUUCGUUUUGUUUUUAUUCCUCAGUCCUCCUUUUUUUUCUUUCUUUCUUUUUGAAUACUUUCUUUUCUUCGUUUCAUUUUCAUCAUCCCUCUCUCUUUUCUUCUUUUCUUCUUUUCUUCUUUUCUUUCUUUCUGUCUUUAAUUUCCUUCUUACUUUCUGCUAUCUUCAGUGAAAGAGAAGACUAA